GACCGGCGGGGCGGAGGGAGCCCCGGCCACAGCUCGGCCUCGGAGCCCCGCCAGCGCGGCGCGCACGUCCACAUAACCUGAGGACAAUGGACGCUGAUGAGGGUCAAGACAUGUCCCGAGUUUCAGGGAAGGAAAGCCCUCCGGUGAGUGACACCCCAGAUGAUGGGGAUGAACCCAUGCCAGUCCCCGAAGACCUUUCCACCACAUCUGGCGGACAGCAGACCUCCAAGAAUGAGAGAGGAGUGGCCAGUAAUGUUAAAGUAGAGGCUCAGAGUGAUGAAGAGAAUGCGCGUGCCUGUGAGCUGAAUGGGGAAGAAUGUGCGGAGGAUUUACGAGUGCUUGAUGCUGCGGGAGAGAAAAUGAAUGGCUCCCACGGUGGCCAAGGCGGCAGAGCUUUGUCGGGAGCUGGAGGCAUUCGACUUCCUAACGGCAAACUAAAGUGUGAUGUCUGUGGGAUAAUUUGCAUCGGCCCCAAUGUGCUCAUGGUCCACAAGAGAAGCCACACUGGGGAGCGGCCCUUCCAGUGCAACCAGUGCGGCGCCUCCUUCACGCAGAAGGGCAACCUGCUCCGGCACAUCAAGCUGCACUCCGGGGAGAAGCCCUUCAAGUGCCACCUCUGCAACUACGCGUGCCGCCGGCGGGACGCCCUCACCGGCCACCUGAGGACGCACUCUGUUGGUAAACCUCACAAAUGUGGAUAUUGUGGCCGAAGCUAUAAACAGCGAAGCUCUUUAGAGGAACAUAAAGAGCGUUGCCACAACUACUUGCAAAGCAUGGGUCUUCCAGGCACGAUGUACCCAGUCAUUAAAGAAGAAGCUAAUCACAGUGAGAUGGGAGAAGAUCUGUGCAAGAUAGGAUCAGAGAGAUCCCUCGUGCUGGACAGAAUAGCAAGUAACGUCGCCAAACGUAAGAGCUCUAUGCCUCAGAAAUUUGUUGGGGACAAGUGCCUGUCGGACAUGCCCUACGACAGCAGUGCCAGCUACGAGAAAGAGAAUGAGAUGAUGCAGACCCACGUGAUGGACCAAGCCAUCAACAACGCCAUCAGCUACCUGGGGGCUGAGUCCCUGCGCCCGCUGGUGCAGACGCCCCCGGGCAGCUCAGAGGUGGUCCCGGUCAUCAGCCCCAUGUACCAGCUGCACAAGCCCCACGCGGAGGGCCCCCCGCGGUCCAACCACUCGGCCCAGGACAGCGCCGUGGAGAACCUACUUCUGCUCUCCAAGGCCAAGUCGGUGUCCUCUGAGCGGGAGGCGUCGCCGAGCAACAGCUGCCAAGACUCGACGGACACGGAGAGCAAUAAUGAGGAGCAGCGGAGCAGCCUCAUCUACCUGACCAACCACAUCAACCCCCACGCCCGCAACGGCCUGUCCAUCAAGGAGGAGCACCCGGCCUACGACGUGCUGCGGGCGGCCUCCGAGAGCAACCAGGACGCCUUCCGGGUCAUCGGCACGAGCGGGGAGCCCAUGAAGGUUUACAAGUGCGAACACUGCAGGGUGCUCUUCCUGGACCACGUCAUGUACACCAUCCACAUGGGCUGUCACGGCUUCCGUGAUCCUUUCGAGUGCAACAUGUGUGGCUACCACAGCCAGGACAGGUACGAGUUCUCGUCCCACAUCACGCGGGGCGAGCACCGCUUCCACAUGAGCUAAGCCCCGCUCUGCCCGUGGGCGCCGCCCGGAGAGAAGCACACGGGCCGGGGCCCCCCAUCCAGCCAGCAGCCCGGACUGGACCAGAACGUUGUGCUUUGAUCCCUAGGUGGUUUUUCAUUUAGUUUUGUAUUUUUAAGUCGGUUGGUUGGCUGGGGUUUGAUUUGCUUUUGAAAAAGAGGAGUUUUUAUUGUUAGAUGCAGGGUUACAUUUGGAGUACCCCCUCCCCCAAACGGCUGUCUUACUAGAUGUGCUCAUAGACUGCUAGCCGAAAGCGCCCCCGCCUGUUGCUUCCUAGAAGUCCCAUCCUUCAAAGAAUUGCUCAUUUUCAGAGAAAGUUUUGUAAAAACAGGCCAAAGCCUGGGAAGGAACGAGCUGGUCUCUGUGCUAAGUAAGCAUCCACGCACUGAUGUGGUUUCCAAGGCCCCAGAGGCAGUGAGCACAGCCCCGGGUCGGGUGCUGCGGGUGAGCAGACCUGGUGGGCGGCCCCAACACAGCAGGGCCGAGAAACCCAGGCCGCAGCCUCUGGCCGCAGGCAUCUAGGUCUGCAAGGCCUCAGUUUUUAAAGGAAGAUGUUGUGAUAAGUCACAACCUGUACAAAAAUAUGCGGUUGGGACAAAGACACACGCGCUCACCCAGCAAAGGGAGUGGGGAGGUCGCUCAGCCUCCUACGGCCUGCCGGGAGGGGAAGGGCCCGGACGCCACAGUCCCGGGGGCCAAUCUGGAGCCCUGUGCCCUCUGCCCUCAGGCCCGUGCCUCUCGUGGCCCAGAGUCUAGCACUACAUUUUUAACAUCUAUCCUGGAACGUGGACCUUCAUUCCUUUGAACCCCUCAGAAACCAAGCUCUACUCCAGAUUCCACGCUCCUUCCUUCCCCGGCUGGUUCCGCCCACAGCCAGAAGCCGGUUUUCCCUCCCGGUCCCAGGCCAGACCCCAUUUCCACGACAUCAUUGCUUGUUGACUGGUGAAUUUCUCUCCCCGCCUUCCUGCUACAUUAUUCUUGUUUUAAAGUCCCUAAAAGAAGGACGUAGGGUGAUCGUUCAUUUUCAGAGCAAGGAGCUACGACAAGUGAUGCCCAGGAGAUGUGGCUAACCUGCCGAGAGCCUACCUGUUAGAAACUAAAUGUUGAAAGAGUCUGACACCGGGGCACCUGGUGCCUCAGUGGUUGAGUGUCUGCCUUCAGCUCAGGUCAUGAUCCCAGGUCCGGGGAUCGAGUCCCACAUCGGGCUCCCCACAGGGAGCCUGCUUCUCACUCUGCCUGUGUCUCUGCCUCUCUCUGUGUGUCGCUCAUGAAUAAAUAAAUAAAAUCUGCAAAAAAAAAAAAAAAAAAAAAAAGAAGGAAAAAAAAAGUCUGAAACUCUCCCGGAAGGACAGAGCCGCCCCCGUGUGCCCACCUAGAGCAUCCUUUCUCUCUGGGAGCCUGGAACGUGCAGAGCGACCGUGUACCCUGCAGGCAAGGUCAGAUAGGAAAGAGGAAGAGGCGGGUGCCGGGGGUAGAACUUUCCUCAGCCAUGACAUCGGGAGCCCCGCCAAGGUGUUUGGUGUCUCCAGCCCCCACUUGGGAGGGGUAGACCUCAGGGUUCAUCCCACUAUUAAACAUAAUAAUGCCAUCCACCCAGGCAGGUAAGAGCAUACAAUUUCAAAUGUUUACACGUCUUUGCCAAAACUGAACCAAGGUGAACGUAAAAACAAACAAAAACCCAGAAGAAAAAGUGCCCAUGGGUACCCCCGCACCUACUCUAAAUCUGGGCUUCUUGGUCACGGUGCUCUUGACCUUUGGGGCUGGAUAUUCCUCUGGGGUGAGGGAUUCCCUUGUGCACUGCAGGAGAUGUAGCGUCAUCCCUGGUCCCGGCCCAAUAGACGCCAGUAGCACCUUCAUUCGACGCCUAAAAAUCUCUCCAGGUGUCACCAAACAUCCCCACGGAGUAAAUCAUCCCAAGUCAAGAACCGCUGCUCGACCUCUGAACCAGGCGGAAGGCCCGGGAAGCCUUCCAGAGGAAAGAAGCCCUGGAAGGUUGUCCCCGCCAGGAGUCCCGCCCUGACCCCUGGUGCCUCCGUGUCCACCGCAAGUCCUAUAAAUGAAUGGGUCCCUUUCAUUCUCCGGAAGCAACUCUUUCCACGUGCGAGUGAGUAGCGUUGCAAGGGUGGAUCCACACCUGCCGUUCUUGAGCGGCGGGUUCUUUUGCUCACGGAACCGUGUGGAGCAUUGAAGCUGCAAACGAACCGGAUCGUGGUGUGUGGGACCCUGGCACGUGGACGGCGGAGUCGGGUGGAGACCCCUGCGGACCCUGCGGACCCCUGGGCUGUGCAGCCGGUCACUCAGGAGGCCACGGUCCAUCCGUCCAUCCAUGGGAUCGCGCCCAUAGCCGGGCCCCCCUGAUGUCCCGUGGGCCGGCACCUGCACCCACCUGCCCUCUGCCGUGCACCCCACAGAGCCGGUUGGUUGAAAGGAGUCACUCCGCCGCCCCGAGGCUUCGAGCGAAGCCUGCCCACAACUGUAAAUAGCGGCCACGGACGGUCUUCCCGAACACGCUGCCCCCGCGGCCUUUGCGACCAUCUGUGUACUCGCCUUUCCUUGUGGUUUUAUACUGCAGCGCCCAAUUUGCUUUGAGAUGACUGUGUAAGGCAGCGCCCCACGGAAAGGCAAGGAGUGCUUACAGUCCGUCCGAAGGGGGUCCCGUUCUGGACCGAAAGCUGUUGACGUUUGUCCCCUAGCUGGUUAAAGCGCGCGUCCGCGUGACCUCACCCUCUUUGUACUGCGGUCUGUGCGGUGGUCCGAGAACGUGUGUCUUGGGAGCCGCUGCGCCCAGGCGUCGUGAACUCGAAUUUAAAACGAACACCAGAGACCGGAGGGCCGCGAGGAGCGGGGGCACGUGUCCACCACGACGAGAAAUCGCUGGCCCUCCGCCCCCGCGGGGCCAUCCCGGAGCGUCCCCCGACGCAAGGCCCGCGCACCUGCCCCUCACCCAGGUCUCCUCUGCGACGUGCCCCCGAGAGCACGGUCUGUCCUACUGGAAGAGUCGCUCAGCAGACGCGCGCCACCGUUCACUCACUCCCUUGUCGCCAAAGGGCUGACCCAGCACCAGUCACCUCGGAGACCAGCACGUUCCACUCCCAGUUGAGAAUCCACCAGGUAAAGAAAUCUCAGAAUCGUCAUUGCAAAAGGAAGCUACUGCUAACGGAGAUGUGAGUUUGUUUGUGUCUUUUUUUUGGGGGGGGGGGCGGGGGAUUUCUUUUUAUUUUUUAUUUUUUUAUUUUCUUGCAUUGCUUUGAGGACCAUGUAGCCCUUAUAGUGUCGUGUUCCGACCGAAACAGAAGCGGGGAUCCGAUGGACUUGCAUAGACAAAUCAUGAAGCAAAUGUGUUUCUCCAUAGCUGCCUGCACUUCUGGAGUUUCAGCAAUAAGGAAGGGUCAGCUCUACUUCAACUCCAGAUAGCUUUCAUUCAGUCCAGUGUCCUGUUUUUGUUUUCGUUUUUAAUUUUAAAGUGAACCAAAAUCAGAUCUAUUUAAGAUGUACAGCCAUGAGAAGAAAGAAGCACAUCCACCUGUCGGUAUGGUCUAUGGUCGCAUUCACUGUGAACAGAUGUAACCAGAGAUUAAUAUGCAAUAUUGUUUCAAAUACUUUCUAAUACACUUUUUUACGAUGUUGUCUGUGGGGAUUGUCAAGGUACAAUUUGCUCGUAUCUGGUGCAGCUUUAGGUCUUUGUCUGCCAUUCUGGAAAAUACGUGUACAGGAUUGUAAAUGAGAAAAUGCACUUGUAUUUCCCAUCCGCCUCUCUGAUGAUGUUAAAUUAUUUCUGUUUAGCUGUGAACGAGGGGGGUACCCCUGGAGGAAUAGAGGAUCCUUUUGUACACAUCUUGAACUGCUUCUUCUGUAGA